AUGUCUAGAAGACCAGUUUUAGAAGACGUAGACGAUGAUGAGAUAGAUAACCUUGAUAUGGAUAUUGCCGAGUUUGAUCCUAACUUGAAGACACCAGUGGCACCAAAAAGACCAGAGCCAACAAUAGUUCGUUCACAAGACCAAGGUCAAGAACCACCAUUGUUCCCCCAAGCUCCCUUCGGCAAUGUUGCACCACCACAACCAUCAUCACAGGUACAGCAGCUGCAGUCAGGAAAGAAUAUUCUUGAUCCAGAUAGGUUCACUCCGGAACAGAAAGCUCAGUUUGAGAAAUUUCAAAUUAUAUAUCCAUGUUAUUUUGACAUAAAUCGUUCGCAUAAGGAGGGAAGGCGAGUUAAUAUUGACCGUGCCGUUGAAAACCCAUUAGCAAUAACCAUUUGCAAUGCAUGUCACGCCUUGCAAAUACCGGCAUUGUUGGAGUUGGACAAGACACAUCCGCAAGAUUUUGGUAACCCUGGAAGGGUGAGGGUAUUGUUGAAGGAUUUUAAACAUGAUAACAAGCCAAUUGACCCAAAGUUGGCAAAUAAGAGGAGUUUGUACAACAAAAUUGCCGACUAUUUGGGAGAUCACCCUACAAGUUUGGAGAGUGUGGGUGCUAAAAGUGGUAUUGCAAUUCCAGCUGAUUUCCAAGGAGACUUUAAAGCGGAGGAGAUCCCCAAGAUAAAGGGAUUCAAAAUGAACACCAUUGUUCCUAUUCAUUCAAACUUCACGAUGAAGCACCCAAUGACCAAGAGCAUUUAUGAUGCCGAGCCAGAGACCAAUACAAACUCAGUUCAAAAUAAGACCAAUGUCCCUAAGGUGCCCAAAAAAAAGAUUAUGAAAAUUCGUGGGUAA